GGCCGGCUUCCGCGCUCCCGUCCCCUCCGCAGCGGGAUGCGGGCGGCGGGCCCGGGCGGGCGCCGAGGACCGAGGCCUGGCCGGCCUGGCGGGGGCCCCGGCGGGUGGCCGCGCGGGGGCUGGGACCGGGGACGCGAGCGCGGCCCUCCCGGCGGCCGGGCCGGGGGGAGGCGGCCCGGGCGGGCAGGCGCGGAGAGGGCGGCGGCGGGCGGGGGAGCCGGGCGGGCGAGGGAGGGGGCGCGGGGAGCCCCCCGCCCCCCGAAGGAGGAGUCUGGCUCCCACUUGCAGCCUCGGACGCGCGGCGAGGAGGCCGCCGCCGGAGGAGCCCCCGCCCCUGCGCGCCUCCCUCCCGGGAGCCCCUGCCUCCCUCGGUGCGCGCUGCUGCUCGCGGCCGCCGCGGCCGCCGAAGAGGAGCCCGGGGCCAGCUCCCUGUCACCCUGUAGGCUUUGGAAGAUUUUGUUGAAGAAAUACAAAAAUAAAAGCACUGAAGUAUUUAAACACGUCCGGCCAUGCACGCAUCCGUCCUCAGGCUUCUGCUUCCAGGUCUGGCGGGGGCCCUGGCGGCGGCGGCGGCGGCGGCGGCGGGAGAUGCCCGGGCGGCCUGUGGACGUCCAUGUGGCGCUCUAGGUGGGACCCCGGCGUCCUGAAGGCGGAGGCCCUGGCGCUGCUGCCCUGCGGCCUGGGCAUGGCCUUCUCUCAGUCGCACGUGAUGGCCGCUCGGCGGCACCAGCAUGGCCGGCUCCUCAUCGAGGUGGACGAGUACAGCUCCAACCCCACCCAGGCCUUCACCUUCUACAACAUCAACCAGGGCCGCUUCCAGCCGCCGCACGUGCAGAUGGUAGACCCGGUGCCUCACGAUGCCCCCAAGCCUCCUGGCUACACCCGCUUUGUCUGUGUCUCUGACACCCACUCGAGGACAGACCCCAUCCAGAUGCCCUAUGGUGACGUGCUGAUCCACGCUGGGGACUUCACUGAGCUGGGGCUCCCAAGUGAAGUGAAGAAGUUCAACGAGUGGCUGGGCAGCCUGCCCUACGAGUAUAAGAUUGUGAUCGCUGGCAACCACGAGCUGACCUUUGACCAGGAGUUCAUGGCCGACCUCAUCAAGCAGGACUUUUACUACUUCCCGUCCGUGUCAAAGCUGAAGCCGGAGAACUAUGAGAAUGUGCAGUCGCUGCUGACCAACUGCAUCUAUCUGCAGGACUCCGAGGUCACCGUGCGGGGCUUCCGGAUCUACGGCUCUCCCUGGCAGCCCUGGUUUUACGGCUGGGGCUUUAACCUCCCACGAGGCCAAGCCCUGCUGGAGAAGUGGAACCUCAUUCCCGAGGGCGUGGACAUCCUGAUAACCCACGGGCCGCCCCUGGGCUUCUUGGACUGGGUCCCCAAGAAGAUGCAGCGGGUGGGCUGCGUGGAGCUGCUCAACACGGUUCAGCGGCGCGUCCAGCCGCGGCUGCACGUCUUUGGCCAUAUCCAUGAAGGGUAUGGUGUCAUGGCAGAUGGGACCACCACCUAUGUGAAUGCAUCUGUGUGCACUGUGAACUACCAGCCUGUGAAUCCGCCCAUAGUCAUCGACCUCCCCACACCCCGGAACUCCUGACUGCUCCCUGCUGCCGCAGCCCUGCCUGCCCGUGUCAGCUACAUAUGCCUGGCUGAGAGCACAGAUCCCAAGCCACCCUCCCUUCCAUGCUGAGUGACCCAGACAAUCCGUCUGCCUGCAGGGACUAGCCCAGAAGACUCGUUGAGGCAUUGGAAUGACCCUUCAGCCUUCCAUCACCUGGAAUCGGGACCCUGUGUGUCCCCAUCAGGGGUUCUGUGCUCAUAACUUUUUCUGCGUGUACAUCUAUGUGUACCUUGUUAAAGGACCUGAUAUUUCAUGACCCUGUCUUGCUUGGGACAUGACUGAAUCUUCAUCCUCCUCAGCUGGACUCCUUCCUGGUUUGUGAGGCUGCUGCUCUUGAAUGGUUCUGGGAAGUUCUCACAACAUAAAUUCUUCCUCUGCCCAAGGGUCUGUGUGGCUGCAGGCCCCAUGGUGGGGGUCAAGGGAAGGUUUUGCAGCCUGGGUGCAGACAGCCCUUCUUGUCCUCCCAGGCCAGAGAGGAGAUAGGACUGCUGGAGGUGGAGGCCCUCUGGGGGGUGUUUAGGGACAUCUCAGGAAUUCAUACCUGGCUGGGCCUACAGCAGUUUUCCCAAUGUUGUUCUGUUUCUUCCUGUGGGCAUUUUCGCUGACUUGGACGUGGCCUGAGCAGCCCGGGCAUUCACUCUCAGCCAGCAUUUGGGGGAAUGGAUCUACAGAAUGAGCCUUUGGAGUACCCGGGACCAGCAAGAGGCUUCCAGUUACAGUGGGACAACCCUGGGUCCCUGGGCACUGUGCUGUUCUAUAGAACUCAGCAGCCUGGUGUGUCUGCAGGCUGAGGCUAUGGCAGUCCUGUCACACGCACACCCCUCUUAAUUUAAUGAAGUGGGUUCCGUGUUUCUCAUCAUUGCCCUGCACUGGGGUUGUGUUUCUCGGUGCGAUUUCCUUGCACCAUGAGGACUGUCUGUCCACAGCUGAGGGGGCAUGAAGGGCUCAAAACCCUCAUUUUCCCAGUACCAGCCAGCCUGUUGGCAGGAGGGUGGCACUAUUACAAAGUGUACCCCGGGUUCCAGCGGCCCCACUGAGGACACCUAGGGCUGGUGGUGGGGCAGGGCUGGCUGAGUCUCUGAGGGCAGGAGCCAGGAGGGCCUGGACUGCGGAGGCCGAGAGGCAGGGUCUGACAAGUGCAGGGUCAGAUUCCGUCUUUAUUUAACAUUUUGGUAUUUUGUUCAUCAUGGGUAUUUUUUUGCAUUCAUUUUGAUUUUUUUUUUAAAUUGAGCGAAUCUGUGGAAACAUUUUGAUUUUUAACAACAUUACAUUAAAAUAGUAUUUGUCCUGGUUACUGAAUUUUUACACUCCCUUUAAAUGGUGUGCCUGAGAACAGGGCUCACGCCCUCCACUGGCCCCAGGCCUGGGAAGCAGCCCUCGAUGAGCCCUUUUACAGAUAUAAUCUUAUUUCAUUCUCAGGUGGUCCUUCAAGGUAGGUACCACUGUGCCCAUUUUCGAGAUGAGGCAAGAUGACUUGCCUGGGGAUGCACAGCACAAAAGGGGCAGAGGUGGGGUUUGAACCUCUGUCUCUGGCUUCACAGCCCUCAGUUUGUCAUGACCCCCAAAUUAUGUCCCUACAAAGCAAUGCAUGGUCCAAGUCUCUCUCUUUUUUUGAGGGUCCUGUUUAAAACUGGUCUGAGCUCUGAGGACUCCUGAAGUUGGAGUGCAGUGUCCCAGCAACCUGGCUCAGUGUGGGGCGAGCCGGCAGGGCACUGUAUUGGGUUGGCAGUGGCUGGGCUCCACGCGGUGCAGGGCUUCAGGAAUCCCCCUGUGCCCAAGUGGCUCCUGGUAGCCAGGGAUGUUUGGGAGCCUCUUGGGGCGCCUCUGGCUUGUGAUGAGUUUGGGGCAGAGAGAACAAAAGGCCCUUUCUCUGCCACCUCUUCUCAGUUUCUCUGUGGACCAAGAACUAUAAACUUAAAAAAAAAAUCUUUUUUCCUAAGGUGUCUUCAGAAUAUGGUAUUUUUAUGUGGAAAAGAAAAGUUAUGAAGGCAGCUGUUACUUUAAGAGAAAAUGCAUUAAAAGUCCGUGAGGUAUGAACGAUGACGGUGUGCUCCUCAAUCAUUUUGGCAUAACUUGAUUGUGGCUGUAAUUUUUUUUGUCAAGCAUGUCAGACAAUAAAGUCUUUGUAAAAA